GUCUCGCGUAGUGACGUCACCAGUUGCUACCACACACAACGCAAACGGACAGCCAGAAUGAGCAGUUGACAGCAGGACUAAAGCCUCUUUCUGUCACGACGAUGGACGACGAACUAUCAGGUGAAGUUGACUUUGACUUCUUUGACGAGGGAGAUCGGCGAAGUCCCGUGAGAAACGUUUCAAAGUCACCACUGAACACAACAGUUAACGGUAAGCCGCCUAUUCCUUUGAGUUCCAAGUCGCCUGCAAGUGCAAACGUGAGCGACAAACAUGGCGAAGAUCGUAACAGCUCGCCGGUAGAUGACUAUAGUUCGGACGAUUCGUCCUCCACGCACAGCUACAGUUCAGACAGCGAGAACAAUGAAAACAUUGUCAAUUCGGAUGUAGUUACGUCAGUCAAUGCCAGGCUUCCGUCAGCUGAUUCGGGUGGCAGGAAGAAUUCCCCGCGAGCCCGGCGCCGCCGAAGGCGAAGGAAAUCUGAGAGCGAUGGGAGCAGUAGUAGACGAUCAGACAGUGAAGACAGUGACAGAGGCAGUUCUAGUGCUUACUCAGACGGACAAGAAGGUGAGGACAAAAAUGAGCAUUCACUAAAGCCAAGUGACAUUGAGAGAAGAAAGGCAUGGGGCAGACAGAGCAAGGGUAAAACCUCACAAUACAAGACGGAAACCCAGUCCUCCGACUCACGAGAAACCAGACCGAAGAGCAAUUACAAUAGGGCUGUUUCAAGAAAAUCAAGUUCAAAACCUCAGCAACGCGUAUCAAAAAGUCUGAGUGACAGUGGUUCAGAUUCCUACACCAGUGAUAGUGAUUCAGAUAGCAGCUCUGAAAGCCACAAAUCAAAUACUGACAGUGAAAUCACUGAUGUUUCACCAUUGCACUCAGCAGACUCCAGUCCAGUUAUGAAGCGUAAAAAUCGUAAACAUGUGUCAGUGAUCAGUGCUCCACAAAGAGAAUAUAAACCAUAUAAAGAAUUGCCAGAUACAUCUGAUGUUCCUGUUCAAAGGCCGGCUGAAGGCACAAUGGAGUUCAAACUGCUAAUGCAAGCUGUUGUAGAACUUGACAGUGAAAAGCAGAAGCGAAUAAAAUCCUCGACUCGUCGUGUGGUAUUUGCUCCUCCAAAUUCGUCCUUUCAUCGUGAAAAAAAUAACUAUUCUUUUAGUAAUAUGCAGGCAAGAAACAUUGAUCAGGAAAAUGAACGUCUCUUGCAAGAAAUCAUUAGGAAGAGACUUCCAAGAAAGAAGAAAGAGCAGACAUACACUCAGGCAAAUCCAGUGAGAAGACUACCAAAUUCUGCUGUUAAUCGGUUGAAGGAGCAGAGGCGAAUAGAGCAAGAAAACUUGGCAUUUUUGCAAAGACUUCAAAACAUAAAGCCAACACGUGGGUUAACAAAGAAAGAGCAGCUGACUGAGUAUCGGCGACAGAUGCAGUAUGGUGUUCCCUCUGGCAGCUGGCGUGCAAGAUCCCCUCAGACACCCCCCAGCACAUGCAAAUCCAGUGUACGCAGCAUGUCGAGUAUGUCAAGCGUCCAGAGCCUGGCAUCUACUACGACCAGUGGCUCAAGGAGUAGGCCUCAGAGUGCCAAGAAAAUUACACGUGAUAUGCGCCCAGCCUGGGAUGAACGCUGGUAACCCAUGACUAGACAUUAUGCAGGCAUCAUUAAUAACAAUCGAUGCUCUCUUAAGCGUAUAUUCCUAUCAUUUUUUUACAUACUUUUAAUAUUUUAACAAAGUAGUGGCAGAUUCAUGUAGCAUCAUUUAUUCGGUGUGCACACAGUAAAAAUGCAUACAUUGAGGUCUGGUUUUACUGUACAUAGUCACGCAUACAAAUCCAAAUGUUCAUGUCUUUGUAGAAUUUAUUCCAGGUAACAUGACGCUGAUUUCUGUGUAUUUUAUAUGGAUCUACUGGAAGAUUACAAGUGGCAUUAUCAGAGUGUUUUAAGGAUGUUCAUGUAUAUGCAUGUCUGAAUCAAAAUACAUGCCACCUUAAAGAAUUUCUCUGAUGUACUUUAUUAUACAUAAGCAACAGACAGUUAUUGGUGGUACUAUUGAGUUAAUGUCCAAUAACAUUUGAUGAAAGUUAUCUGUACAAGUAGUUUAUGCUGACCAUGGCUCAAGCUUUGUACAUACAUAUGUGCUUUAAGAUGUUUGUUUUACAUCUUCAGUAAACCGCCCAGAAUGCCAGGGGUUGUUAUGUUGAUAAUGUUUUGUGUGUGUACCUUCCCCUUCAAUUAAUAUAUGUGUGUGUCUUGAGUAAUGCAUGUAUUAUUGAGAUGUAACUGAAUGAUGCUUUUCAUUCCCAUUAUGUAUUUAAGUUAUCAACAACCCUGUACUUUAAGUGGUACAUGUAUUUUUCUUAUGCUACAUCUUUUAUUUUUGGUUAAAUGGCAUACUUUAUGGCUCUGCUGAUUUCAUCUAUAAUUUUGGCGCUAAGCCACAAUCAUUCAUUUAUUCACCUAUAAUUUCCAUGAAUAACUAACAUAAAGACUCUGGAAUCUCUCAGCUAUUGAUUUUGUGGUUGACAAGGAUCUAUUUUCCUGACUGGCCUUGGGUUGAUUGAAUCUGUAUAUAUGCUGUGGCUUACAUGCUGUGGAGGUAUCCUGAAAUUCCAAGUGCAGGCUCACAUAUGCAUGUAUGGUUAUACAUCUACAUGUAAACAUGAAGAGCGGUGCUGAUUAUCAGGCCAUUGACCAAUGAGGUCUCAUGUUCAGGAGGUUUGUCUGGUGCCUGGCGAUCGUCAGUGGUUCAUCUUGACAUCUGUGAAGAGAGUCUCACUGAUCAAACCUCACACAUUACAUUAUACAGGUUGCAUCGGUAUGUAUUUGUUCAAGUUGCAACUUACACACAAAAAAGCUUUUCUUCUUUUAUAUUGCAUUUUUAGCCCUUGCUUUUUGGAGAAUAUAUAUUAAAGUGGUUCUCAGCUGUAUAUGUAAUAUUUUAUGACAUAUAAGACUAGGAUUGCAAAGUUUGCAGCAUAAAAUCUUGGAACAAGCCCUCUUAAUGUUAAGACCAUGUAUUUACGUGUAACUACCAUGGCGACAUUUUGCUGGUUUCCAUGAUAGUUACAAGUACUUAAUGCAAAGAGGGAUUUGUGCAAGCAGAAUGUGAACCUAAAUAAAUGUUAGAGUCAUGGUGAAGAGAUUCCGCUUUUCUGUACAUUACAGCUGACCAUCUAGUACCAAACACAGUUGUGGCCAUGGACAGGCCUUUACGAAUGCUGACUCAUGUCAUGAUAAUCAAGUGCUAUUCUCAUUAACAUAUAUUUUGUGUAUUGCAUUGAGAUGAAUGUUCAAAAAUCAGGCAGACGUGUCAGUGGUGUAUGUAUGUGUAUACUAUAAUCUCAUGCUCACUUGUCAGCUGUUUUGCUUGUAUGACAUCUGUUAUUAUAAAGAUUACGGAAGGGCCAGAAGUACAUUUUAAAUUUGAUUGGCACCUUACGCAGCAAGGUGGUAAUCCAAUCUGCUUUCAGAGAAGCACUCUUAUUAAAUCUUUAUAAUUUUAGAAAAAUGUUUUACAGUGUAUUACCAAAGUAGAUAUUUAGAUAGCAAAGCAGACAUGUUAUUUUAACCCAUCGUAAUUUUUUUAGUUUAGAGUGGAACGGUGGAGUGGUGAUAUUACUACAUUUCUGACUGACGUUAUUUUUUCCUUAAUUAAAAGUGCAUCAAUUAGAAAUUGAUAGGUUUGUUGACUUCAUUACAUACUAUACAAAAAGGGUGGUCUUCACAUUUGUAAGCUUCAAUUUAGUUUUAUGUUGUUAUGUUUUUUUGGUGUCAGGGUAUAUGAAUUACUGUAAAUUUCAUCCUACCUUUUAUUCAAACCUCAAAACAUCUUCCUAAUCAAUAGAACUGUUGAAAUCCCACAAAAGGGGCAACUUAGGUAUGGAAGAAAUAUAAUGUAAUUUACAAUAAUCAAAAUAAAUAUGUGUACCUUGUGACUGAAUAUGUAAAUUUUUGGUUUACAUCUAUUUGUUUGCUUCUUCUGUAAGUCUUGUCUUAGACACUAAUAAAUACCAUAACAUCUUUGUGGACAUGGACAUGCAAGAGAUUUAUGAAGCAAGAUUUUAUCACAGAUAAACCUUCUUGCAUUAUUCAAGAUGAAUAAUGGAUGAGUUUGGAUGAACGAAUCAAUAAUAGUGUAGUAUGGCUUAGCAUAACAUAGUAGGAUGUACACAUUGUGGACUGCAAUCUGUCAAAGAUAUCAGACUCUGAUGUACUUACCCAGUAAUAGAUUGAUUGAUGACUUAUUAAUCCUGUGUAUGCAUAAUAAGUACAUGUAUGUUGUAAAAUACAUCUGCUUGGUCUCUUAUCAUGUUGAAAUAAUAAAGCAGG